GCUCCAACUUCGAACUCGUCAAGUGGUUUUGCAUCACAAGGAAUUGCUGCUGCCCCUAGUGGUGGGUACAAGAAUGCGGGAUACUUUGUAAAUUGGGCAAUCUAUGGCCGGGACUUUCAGCCUCAACAGCUUCCAGCCUCAGAGUUGACCCAUGUCAUAUACGCCUUUGCCAAUCUUCAAUCAGACGGUACAGUGGUUCUGUCAGACACAUAUGCCGAUUUACAGAAGCAUUAUAGCACCGAUUCCUGGAAUGAUGUUGGGAACAACGUCUACGGCUGUAUCAAGCAGCUUUAUCUUCUCAAGAAAGCCAACCGCAAUAUGAAGACUUUACUCAGCAUUGGAGGCUGGACUUAUUCGACUAACUUUGCGCUGCGGCAAGACCUAGGCUUUGACGGAAUAGACAUUGACUGGGAAUACCCCGCCGACGCUACCGAGGCCGCGAAUUUCGUCCUCCUCCUGCAGGCUGUUCGUUCUGCACUCGAUGCAUACUCAGCUCAGUACGCCCCGUCCAACCAAUUCCUCAUCACGAUAGCAUGUCCCGCCGGCCCGGAUAACUACAACCUGUUGCAAAUGUCCCAGAUGGAUGUGUAUCUCGAUGCGUGGCACCUGAUGGCAUACGACUAUGCGGGAUCGUGGUCCAGCUAUUCGGGCCACGAUGCCAACAUCUACCCCAACACCGCGGACCCCAACAGCACGCCCUUCUCCACAUCCCAGGCUGUGUCCGACUACAUUGCCAACGGCGUGCCAGCCUCCAAACUCGUCCUCGGCGUCCCGCUGUACGGCCGUUCUUUCGAAGGCACCGCUGGCAUUGGGCAAUCGUUCACGGGUGUUGGAUCUGGGAGCUGGGAAAACGGCGUCUGGGACUACAAGGCGCUGCCAAAGGCGGGCGCGACGGUUACCUAUGAUUCGGUCGCGAGCGGGACGUAUAGUUACGAUGCGGCUGCGGAGGAGCUGAUUAGUUAUGAUGACCCGGCGCAGGCCACGGUGAAGGCACAGUAUAUUGCGAGUCAGGGGUUGGGAGGGGCCAUGUAUUGGGAGACGAGUGCGGAUAAGACUGGGAGUGAUAGUUUGAUCUCGACGAUUGCUGGGACGUUUGGGGCAUUGGAGCAGGUAGAGAAUUGCUUGAGUUAUCCAGAGAGUCAGUAUGCAAAUAUGGUUGCUGGGAUGGCGUGA